CACAGUUUUCUAGUGAUGUUAUGUUUCAGCACGAAUCAAAGGUUGAAGCAGGCUGCACAAGAGGGGAAUAUUGGUGGCCUGUAUGCACUGAUACAGGAGGACUCGUAUAUAUUGGAGCGCAUCAACCUGGUUCCAUUUGUUAAUACUCCUUUGCACAUUUCUGCAUCUGCAGGGCAUACCGAUUUUGCCAUGGAGAUCAUUAGACUGAAGCCAGAAUUUGCGAGGAAGCAAAACCCGGAAGGCAUCAGUGCAAUGCACCUUGCUUUGAAGCAAGGCCAAACAGAUACACUGCUUAUUCUCCUGUCAGUCUACAGAGACCUUGUCCGAGUCAAAGGAAGGGACGGAAAGACUCUCUUGCAUUAUGCAGCCGAGAUUGGAAACAUGGAUAUUUUGGCAAAAUUUUUAGCAGCCUGCCCUGAGUCUAUCAUAGAUCUGACAAUUCGAAAAGAAACUGCACUUCAUCUUGCUGCAAAGAAUGGCAAGUUGGAGGCACUUGAAGUCUUGUUGGGAUGGCUUCAACAUGUUAAUUUAGACACGAUCUUGCAGUGGACUGAUGAUAAAGGCAACACUGUACUGCACAUUGCAGUAUCAAGAAAUCAAUUCCAGGCGGUGAGGCUGUUAAUAAAAAGGGUUGAUAUAAAUGUCAAGAAUUCGGAGGGUUUAACAGCCAUGGACAUAGCAGAUCGCCAAGGAUCAGUUUACAUUAAUAAUACCGAUAUUAGAAGUUUAUUACUCCAAAGAGGAGCUUUGAGAGCUUCUUCACUCCCUAUAUGUCCUACUCUUGCAGAUUCUCUGAGGAAAGAGAUGUCAUUGCUCGAAAGAUGGGUUUUGUGUAGUCAUCUCACAAGAAGUUGCAUGUCAAAUGAGAAUCGCAACAGUCUUCUAGUGGUAGCUGUCCUGAUUGCAACAACCACAUUCCAAGCUGUGCUCAGCCCACCAGCUGGGUUCACUCCCGUUCCUCAUAAAACCAGCAGCGCCGGUUCCAAUAGUACUGGUGAACCAGAUGUACCACCAAACAUUGGCUUUCAUUCUUUGGUAGCAUGGAAUUGUUUCCUGGCUCUGAACACCAUGGCUUUCUUGAUAUCCGUAUCCGAGAUAUGUUUGAAAGAGGUGGUUUCAUUUUUCGAAAAAUACAGAGAAAAUGCAUUUACUUCUGCUUUGAUUGAUGCUAAAGAAAUUGCUGAUGAAAUGAAAAUUGAGCCAGAAUUUCAAGUAAAGCGUAAGUCCAUAAGAAAAAAACAUUUUGAUGAAAUUCCUAAUACUGAGAGGGAGUAA